AUGCUACCAAACUUGCCAAAGGCAGCGCGCGCUAUAAUCGUCAUCAUUGUCCUGUUUUUUAUAGCCGAGACGUUACUCAUCUUGUCAAAUGGGCGUACAAAUACAUCUUUUUACGAAUUUCAUCACGAGUCUCCGAAACCUACUGAUGCCUUGGAUUGGUCUCGCUUUGCCUACACCCAAUAUGUUACCAACACGCCAUAUCUGUGCAACUCGGUUAUGCUCUUUGAAACCCUGAAUCGCUUGCAAAGCAAGGCUGAUCGCGUCAUGAUGUACCCAUCGGAAUUUUCGCGGGACGAAAGUGACAACGGGACAGAAAGUCGACUUCUCCGCAAAGCUCGAGAUGAAUACAAGGUCAAGCUAGUGCCCAUCGAAAUUCAAAGUCGAUCAAGUGGUGACGCAACAUGGGCAGAGAGCUUCACUAAACUCCUCGCAUUCAAUCAAACACAAUACGAUCGCGUCCUGAGCCUCGAUUCGGAUGCCACUAUGCUCCAGCAUAUGGAUGAAUUAUUUUUUAUGCCUCCAUUUCCUCUAGCUAUACCUCGAGCUUACUGGCUUAACCCCAAUGACCGUGUGAUGAGCUCUCAACUCCUACUUAUCCAGCCUUCUCAUUUUGAAUUCAAUCGCAUCAUGACAGCGAUUGCCACGGCAGGUCGCACAGAUUAUGACAUGGAGAUUAUGAAUCAUCUCUACGGAGAUAGUGCGCUUAUCUUGCCGCACCGUCCUUACACCAUGUUGACUGGAGAAUUCCGCAACGAUGAUCACUCGAAAUAUCUGGGGAAUAGCAAUGAAACUUGGAAUCCCGAUAAAGUUCUCAAAGAGGCCAAAUUCGUGCAUUUCUCUGACUGGCCAGUUCCAAAGCCUUGGAUUAGUCCCCCUUCUUAUAUCAUGGAUGAAAAGAAACCUUCCUGUCACAUGAAUCUAAGUAGUGGGCACCUAGACGACUGUCGGGAUCGUGACUAUUGGUUAGGGUUAUAUGCAGAUUUCACCAAACGACGAAAGGAUGUUUGCGGAGAUGACAUAUAA